AUGACACGAACAUUUCUCACGGGAGGCACAGGAUUUAUCGCAGCCCAUAUACUCGACAAGCUAUUGGAAGCCGACCACUCCGUCGUGACUAGUGUGCGCUCCCAUGAGAAGGGCCAAUGGAUUCUGAAAAAUCAUCCUGGCGUCUCGAAAGACAAGCUAUCCUACGCAAUAGUCGAAGACAUCGCCAAGGAAGGCGCAUUCGACGAAGCCAUCAAGUCUGAUCCUCCCUUCGAUACGGUUAUCCAUGCGUCAAGCCCCUUUCAUUUCAACACCAACGACUCGAAGAAGGACCUCCUUGAUCCUGCCAUCAUUGGGACGACAGGCAUCUUGAAAGCCAUAAAAAGAAGUGCCCCCACCGUCAAGCGCGUAGUAAUCACAUCCUCCUUCGCCUCCAUCAUUGACGGUAGUAAAGGUAUGCGCCCGGGGUAUGUGUACUCUGAAAAGGACUGGAAUCCCGUUACGGAAGAUGAGGCAGUCCAAAAUGCCAGUCUUGGAUAUCGCGCCUCGAAAACAUUCGCAGAAAGAGCGGCGUGGGAUUUCGUAGAAAAGGAAAAGCCCAAUUUUACUUUGGCGACGAUGUGCCCCCCACUGGUUCUGGGGCCAAUCAUACAUCACUUACAAAGCCUGGACAGUCUGAAUACGUCGAAUCAACGAGUAUACAAUAUCAUGUCUGGCAAAGCGAAGGAGGAACUCCCGCCGACGGGGACUUUCUUAUGGAUUGAUGUACGAGACUUGGCCUUUGCACAUGUAAGAGCUGCGUCAAUGGAAGAGGCGCAGAACAAACGAUUUUUUAUUACGGCAGGAUAUUUCAGCAAUGAAGAGAUUGCAGACAUUAUAAGAGACAAUUUUCCAGAGCGAAAAGAAAAGCUACCUGCGAAGGGUGUAAAAGGCGGUGGAUACCCUGAGGACGGCUUGUACAAAUAUGACAAUUCGCGUACGAAAAAGGUCUUAGGGAUCGAGUUCAAAAGUUUGAAGGAAAGCAUCGUUGAUACUGUCAAGAGUCUUGAGGCUGCAGGUGCUUAA